AUGUCAAUCCAUAUACAUGGGAAAGGUUUAAGAGUGCAUUUAAUGAGAAAUACUUCCCUAGGAGUGUUCGUCUAUGGAAACAAAAGGGAAUUGUUGAAGUUGGAGCAAAAGAAUAAGACGGUUGUAGAAUAUGAAGUUGAGUUUACAAAGUUGUCUAAAUUUGCACCAGCACUUGUAGCGGACAAGGAUAGCAGAGCACAAAAAUUUGAAGUUAGUAUAAAUGGUAAGGAGUUGCUUGUAGACCUAAUUGUGUUAGAUAUGCAAGACUUUGAUAUAAUUUUUAGGAUGGAUUGGCUGGUAGCUAAUUAUGCUUAUGUUGAUUGUCGAGGCAAAAGGGUAGUAUUUCAAAUCCCAGAUCAACCAGAAUUUUGUUUUUUGGGUAGUGGAGUUAACAUUCCUCUAGUAAUCUUAACUUUGCAAGCUAGACGAUUGUUAAGGAAUGGUUGCAAGGGUUAUUUAGCUUCUGUGAGAGAUACCCAUGCAACUGAGUUGAAGUUAAAGAAUAUUCUAAUUGGGAAGAAAUUUUCUGAUGUUUUCCCUAAAGACUUUCCGGGGCUGCCACCAGAUAGGGAGGUUGAGUUUGUAAUUAAAUGA